AUGGAUCAGCCCAUCUGCGGCCUCCACCCGGGCAUCGCCGUCACCGGCUUCUGCUCCGCCUGCCUCCGCGAGCGCCUCGCCGGCCUCCACCCCAGCGACCCCGCCGACCCGGCGGAGCUCCGCCGCUGCAAGUCCUUCUCCUACGCCCGCUCCGCCGCCGCCUACUUCGAGCCGCAGCGCCGCUCCUGCGACGUCCGCGGCGCCGCCGCCCUCUUCCAACAAGAACCACCGGGCGACCUGGAAGAUCUUCCACCGACAGCGAUGAGGCCGAUGAAGGACCACAUCAACCAAGAGAAGAAGGCCGCCGGCACGUUCGGGGGAUUGGGCAAGAAGUGGCAGGAAUGGCGCCGCAAGAGCAAGGUCAAGAAGCAGGAGCCGGGGCCCACUACCAGCAUCAGCAGCGGCAGGGCCGCCAUGCCCGUGCCGCACGAGGAUCCCCGGCACCGCAGCUUCCGCGACGCGCGCUCCGAGGUCGCCGUCGACGCGCUCGGCCGGCGCUCCGUCGAUGUGGACGCCGCCCUUUUCUCGAUGGACGCCGGCCGCAUCUCGGUGGAUGAACAGCCCCGACCUUCCUGCGACGGCUACCACGGCGUACGGCCACGCCUGCCCCCAAUGCUGUCCCUGGUCGAGGACGCGCCCAUCCCGCGCUCCGACGGCCAAAUCCCUGUGGAGGAAGACGACGGCGCCGAGCCCGGCGGCUGCGCCCAGACAAGGGACUACUACCUAGACUCCUCCAGCUCCAGCAGGAGGCGCCGGAGCGUGGACCGCUCCUCCUUCUCCAGCCGCAAGUCAUUCUCUGAUGCCAGUGAUCUGCCCAGGAUGGUCGCUGGUGCAAAUGCCAAUGCCAAUGCCCGGGUUUCGCCAGCCAUCGGCGCCGAGUUCUACCAGUACCAUCACGCCCAGAGCCAGAGUGUUCUUGACCACAAUCAGCACUGGGAGCAGGGACUGUAUAAUUCUCAUUCUCUCCGGGACCGGGAUGAUGAUAUGUCCGGGAGCUUGGAUUCAGCGGCAUUCCGUGGCGGCAUCCCUCUGCCGGCGAAGAAGUCUAAGAAGGGGAUCAAGGGGUGGAGCAUCUGGGGUCUCAUAAAUAAGAAGAGCAGCACCAAGGAGUCUGAAGCUACAAGUCUAGCCAACCGAUCAUUUUCAGAAAAUUGGCCCGAGCUCCGUGCAAGGGGGUACAAUGGGCAGAUGCUCAGGUGCAACAGCAGUGUAAGCGCGAGAAGCUCGUUUGGCAAUGGUGGAGCAGCGAUGGGCGUGGCGAGCGGGAGGAGGAGCAAUGUUGAAAUGCAUGUAAAUGGCUUAGGGAGGAUGAGGAAGGACGAGGUUUUGCUCGAGAGGAAUUUCAGUGCAAGGUAUGCGCCUUGCACGGGUGAUAAUGGCGGGAUUCCUAUUCCAGUGGGAGGAGGUAACCAGUUCAGCCGGCGAAAUCACAAUGGCAUGUCCGGGAAGGGAAGGCCCGCUCGUUCAUCGAAUUCAUUGCCCCGGAGCGCGCUUGGAAUGUACUGAUCUAGAAGUGAUAAAGGCAGGUUUAUGUGCUUUUUUUUCAUCUUCUAAUGUGCCUUGGCUACAAUGUUCAUAGCUGUGGUAGCGUCAUCAGGAUCAUACUUUUGUUAGGCUGAGAAGAAAAGGAAACUGGUGAUGGUGUUGGAUUAUACCUUACUUAGGGUCUUAUUUCCUACUGGGCUUGGGAGUGGGGUAUAGCAUUUAACUUUACACCCUUGUAUAAGAUAUGCCAUAUGUAUGUUUGCUUUUGUCAGUUGAAUUCAAGUUAGCAUUCUGGCAAUACUAUGUGUUCAUAGCAUGAUGUAGGGGCUAUGAAAUCGAAUGCCAUAAUUUG